AUGUAUCUCCACACAAACAAAACAACAAUGAGCGUACACGACAAACCUCUACCGGCACCGCCGUCGCCGACACUCACGAACCCCGACAUGGUGCUGCCGAGUAUGUUCGUGCUGGACGUGGCCGAUGAAGUGCGGCAGGAGACAGAAGGGCCGCCGUCGCCGUCGUACCUGCAGGCGCAAUCGAUCAAGACGCUGGGAAACAAAACGAAGUCGCGACCGAAUCUCCGCACGCCUUCGCAAUCGCCGCUACACAGCUUUGGCUCGUCGCCCACUCUGCAAGUCGACAAUCAGCAGUCAUGGGACGACCGGCGACUCAGUUAUGCCGCCAGCAGCAUUCUCACCGAGGACCUCGACAACAUUGAGAUCCCGCGCUUCGAGUCGAGUCUGGACUCGGAUACCGAAACGCUCGACGAGGACGACUUUGACAUUGACACGCCCAGCGAGGUCGAACAGCCGUAUGACCAUGUCUCCAAGACGGAGCAGUCCAGCGUGACGCUCAUGCGCGCCGAACUCAUCCUCGCCAAUGCAAAGAAGCGUCUCAAUGUCAUGGACCAGAACCUGCGAGGAGCCCGCGAGAUAGUCACUCCCUUGACCGCCGCAAACCUCAAGCGCGCCACCUCCCUCACCGCCGCUCCCGUUGCGCGCAACACGUCCUUCUCCCGCCCUCGCUACCUUCCUCACAGCUCGCCAAACACACAGCACAUGCGUGUGCUCAGCGACUCCAAUCUCCAGUCCGACGACCGCCGCUACAUGUCUCUCAACAUCAACUCGAAUCCCUCGUGGACAACAAACCCCGUCCGCAACACUCGCAGCUCUGAACUGCUACGCUACCCGAGGAGCCCGCUGUCUCCAGACCCGCAACUUGAUACCGUGUCCGAGGAGCAAAGCGUUCGCAGUCAGACAUCGGCUCGCAAUCUGCGCGAACAGAUGAUGCAACUGAGAGGCAGAAUCUCCACUUUGAAAGAGCGCGCUCAAGAAGAAAACUUCCGGAGACGGAGCACAAACAACUUGAGAGAAACCUGUCCUCUGAACAACGCAGACACGUCUCCUGGUGCCACAGGCUCCCCCAGACCCAGACUUGCCCGGAUCACCAAAGCCAGCAAUGUCCCCGGUGCCUGGGUCUCGGCCGAGACCAUCGACGACCAUUACAAUGACGACUACCAACCAAGAGAAGAAGAUGUGGAUGAGGAAGAGGAUGACGAUGACAACUACACGCUACCACAUUCUGGCUCCGGCAGCACAGAUCGCACCUCGACACCAACCACGACAACCACCGACCACUCGAUCCCCACCAGUCUCUACCAAGAUGCUCCCGAAUCUUCCCCUUCGGCCGGUCCACGCCACGAAGAUCGCGACGAUGCCUUUGACUACUCCAAAUUCUUCUUGCACUCUGCAACGGGCAGUUUCGAGCCCAACACUCCUACUCGCCACGCCCGCACCACAUCCCUGAGCUCCUCCGACUCGUGUCUGACCGCCCGCGCAUAUCCCGUCAAUCAAGACCCCACUACUGCUGGUGCUGAGGAUGAGGAAGAUAUGCAGCCGCCUCCAACGCCAGAAACACCAGAAGCCCUCCGCCACAUCGAAGAGGUCACACUCCCUUCUCGUAUCCAACACCGACGAGGUCUAUCAGCAGAAUCUCUGGCCACGAUCGCCACUUUUGAGACCGCAGAGGAAGGCCACCAAGCUUCUAUCGCCCAAUGGCUGUCCCGUUCCACCUCUGCCACCUCAAUUCACAAUCUCAAUGAAUCGACCAAACCCAGCCGAGGCCAUCCAUCCACUCAGGGAGCUCUGCCCAGCCCCAUCCUGCCGUCUACCUACACGCCUGCAUCUGCACAGAACGGUCAACAAUACAUAUCCAUCUCUCCUUCUGCCACCACCAUCGCUGUUUCUGCUCUCUUGGAUCCCGAAAGGGGACAAGGGCUGGGAAGCAAAGAUGAGGCCUUGGUCUACACUCUUGUCGAGAGUCUGAGAGAUGUAGUCGGAGAAUUGCAACUUGGUGCUGGAGGCGAGGAGAGAAGGAGAUGGUUGAGGCGACGUCUUGACGAGGCCAGAAGAGUCCUCGAAGGCGAGGGUCUUGAGAGUUAA